CUGACAUCUCUGACCCACAUGCACACACACAUCCACACACAUACUGUACAUACACAGGCUUCCUUUAGAACUUUAUCUGACUCAACUUAUGAGUCAAUCUAAAGAUGGCUUAAAGUGAGAAAGCCUCAUCCUUCUGCAUAAUUUAGCAGUGUCCUCACAUGGUGAUGACCAUUUUGACAUCAUCUGACUUUUUUUUUUUUUUAAAUGACUGAAACUAACAUUGCUCUAAAGUUGGUUGUUUAACUUCCUGACGUUCUGCUCUACCAACAUGAACUUUGUUUUGGUGUUCCCACUGAUACUCAUCUUCCUAUUCAUCGGACAGAGUUACACCGAGGUUAAAACCCAACAUUCAGAUUCAUGUUUUAUAAUAUGCCCAGCCGGAUAUUAUAAAGUUGGUCCAUGCGAAGGGAAAGCUGUAGGGUACAGAUGUGAAAAGUGUGGUUAUGGCACAUACACAGCAAUAACCAACUUUGUAAGCGAAUGUAGGCGUUGUCAGAGUUGUGGAUAUUAUCAGUUUGAAGCUAAUCCAUGCACCUUUACUAGUGAUACGCUGUGCGAGGAUUGCAAAUGUGAACAAUGCAAAGGACUGAACAACAACAGGGAGUGCAAGUCCUGCCAAAGCGAGAAGUGUUUGCAAUUACCAAAAUGCAAGAGGAUAUGUAAAACUACAACUGCAACCACAACUGCAUCUACAACUGCAAACACAACUGCAACCACAACUGCAUCUACAACUGCAACCACAACUGCAACCACAACUGCAACCACAACUGCAAACACACCUACAACCACAACUGCAACCACAACUGCAACCACAACUGCAAACACAACUGCAUCUACAACUGCAACCACAACAGCAUCUACAACUGCAAACACAACAGCAUCUACAACUGCAAACACAACUGCAUCUACAACUGCAACCACAACAGCAUCUACAACUGCAACCACAACAGCAUCUACAACUUCACUUUCAAAUGACACUCCAAAUCCUAAUGUGAUCCCAGUUCCACCGAAUCCCUUGAAUGCAUUUCAGUGGCUUUUGCUCACUGGGGUUGUGGUGCCGUUUCUGGGCUUACUGUGGUUCGUGCUUUUCAUUAAGAAUCCAUUCCAAUGUCUCUGCUGGAGAGCGAAAAAUGACCUGGUGCCCCCUGUCGAAGAUGCCAUAUUGAAUGAACGAGGCAGUCAUCAAGGCAGCAGCCCGCACACACUGACAUUACACAUAUCUGAGGAAACUCCCAUGAUGACUCUCAGUCAGAGUGCAGCCACACCAGAACAUCCAGCCCACAUCAGGCCUCUCCUACCAGACGGUGAACACAAAGUUAUCAAACAAAUCGAGCAAACUGAGCACUGGCCGGCCAUCGUCCUCUAUGCCAUCAUCAAGGAGGUGCCCCUGCGUAGGUGGAAAGAGUUCUUGCGUCUGCUCUCGGUGGCGGAUCAGCAGAUGGAGCGGGUGGAGCUGGAGGCUGGUUUGGGUCUGGGCUCCAUGGAGAAGCAGUACCAGAUGCUGAGGCUGUGGAGCCAGCACUCCUCUGGCUGCCUGAAUGAUGUCUUCUCGGCCCUGCACUACAUGGAUUUAUCUGGCUGUGCCCAGCUACUGCAGGAAAACCUGGACAAGCUGCAGUGGAAACCUUAACUGGAGCCAUGUUUCCCAGUCUGCAGAGGUUACAAAGACCAUGGUUUUAAUGGGGCACUGCAGGACACAUGAGGCUUCAGCACCUGGGAACACAAGAACCAUAAGAGACAACUGUGCUUCCUAAAAAGGACACCAACUGGAGUAAUAGUUCAUCCCCAGGAAACUGAAGUGACGUCAAAAGUGACUCAUAAUGAGUAAAUGCAGAUGUUUUGUUUUCUACGUAUUUAAUGGUUGAACAUCAUCAAAGGCCCUCCAGAUAAGUGUAAAAUGUGUGCCUUUCUGAGUCUUUAUUUGGUUGACAGCUGAUAUUGUACAUAUCAGUUCCAGGUUGGUUGCAGUGCAAAGUAAUCUGCAGAAAUGGCUUCCUCAAAUACAUGUCACAUCAACUAAACUAUUUUAGAAAGCCGCGUCAUGGCCUUUAACAACUUAGGGCAGAACUCUAGUAAUAUAGGUGGAGAUUUAAGGAAAACAUAAUGAAUAAAGGGGAAUCCCCUUCUUUUAUCUAUACAGCUUAAUCUCCAGCUUCUCGUGACCCUGCUCUUAAAGGCCAACUGUUUGGUUAGACUUUUGUUCAGUUUGAGUAUUUAAACUGUGUGAACAAUCUUUGAUGUUGAAGCAGCACACCAGACAUCCCUUUUAUCUCAUUUGAGAAUGAAAGUGUAUUGGUACAACGCUGCUCACGUCAGUUUUUCAGUUUCCUGCAAAUAAAACGUGUCAGGGCGCUGUAGACUGGGUUUUUCCUCACCACACAUAUUCCAUCUAAACAAUGGUUUCCUGUUGUGUGGUUGAAGGUAUCUCACUUUGAGAGUUUAUGUGUGUCAUUCCAGUUACUGCAGGCAGUAAUACAAUUUCCAGUAAAUCCAUGUAAUAAUGUUUUUAUAUGAAUCUAGGUCUGUGGUUUUUGGCUUUUAUCUUUGAAAUAUGCAUUGUUUACACAUUUUUAAAUUAUUGUGUUUUAAUUUGGUACAAUAAAUACAACGCUUAAUGAGUGGAUUAUUAUACUGAGACUGUCAGGGUUAGUAAUUGUGUCCUCACUGGAGUCACCUGGUACAAAUGUGUUGUACCAUGGUAUAGUAAGAGCCAGAACGUUAUCAUAAAAGAAGGAUGUGAUGAAUAAAAGUUGUGGCCACCA